UCGCCACCCCCUGGCUGGCCUUGCGCCGCCGCUCGCGAGCCGCGCUGUGCAUGCACGGCGGGGAGGGCUCGUGCGGACUGAGGGUCCCGAGCACCGCGGGUUGCGCUGCCUGCUCCUCCUCCUGAGCAGAGCCACAUGAUGGCGGCAGCUGCGGCCGUAGUGGUGGAGGUGAGCGUGAGCAGCACCGGGAGUAGCAGCAGCGACACGUCCAGCACAGGCGAGGAGGAGAGGAUGAGGCGCCUCUUCCAGACCUGCGAUGGCGAUGGGGACGGCUACAUCAGCAGGAAUGACUUGCUGAUGGUGUGCCGUCAGUUGAAUAUGGAGGAGUCUGUUGCUGAGAUCAUGCACCAACUAGGAGCAGAUGAAAAUGGGAAGAUUUCCUUUCGGGAUUUUACUCGGUGCCGCAUGCAGCUUGUGCGAGAAAUCAGGAAAGAGGAAGUGGAACUUUCAGUGAAAUCAGAUGACUCUUGUAAAAAGAAGUUGUUAAGGGACAGAAUAGCCUCCUGGCCAACGAGCAGUGAUAACAGUUUGGGUGCCUUAUCAGGUGCUAGAGAAAGCUGGGAAUAUGAUUCUGGUGCAAGAGACCUUCAGAGUCCUGACCUGCAGAGCCAUUCUACCCUACAGAAGCUCUUGGAGUAUGGAGGCAGCAGUAUGGGUCAACAAGCUGCUCUGCAGAAACUGCUAACGCAGGCCUCCAAUCUUAGCAACUCAGUUGGAGGAAGCUAUUUAGAGCUUGCCAACACUCUCCAUUUAGCAGCCCUGGCAUCACUAAAGGGAGAUAUAGUGGAGCUUAAUAAACGUCUGCAGCAAACAGAAAGGGAGCGGGACCUGCUGGAAAAAAAAUUGGCAAAGGCUCAGUGUGAACAGUCUCAUCUAAUGAGAGAGCAUGAAGACGUACAGGAGCGAACAACACUACGCUAUGAGGAACGAAUCACGGAGCUUCACAGCAUUAUCGCUGAAUUAAAUAAGAAGAUUGACCGACUACAAGGAACAACAAUAAGGGAGGAAGAUGAAUAUUCCGAACUACGAUCAGAGCUCAGCCAGAGCCAACAUGAGGCUAACGAAGAUUCACGCAGCAUGGACCAGGAUCAGACUUCUGUUUCAGUACCAGAGAACCAGUCCACUAUGGUCACUGCUGACAUGGAUAACUGCAGUGACUUGAACUCCGAACUGCAGAGAGUGCUGACAGGGCUGGAGAAUGUAGUCUGUGGGAGGAAGAAGAGCAGUUGCAGUUUGUCUGUAGCAGAAGUGGACAGACACAUUGAACAACUCACCACUGCCAGCGAACAUUGUGAUCUAGCUAUUAAGACAGUAGAGGAGAUUGAGGGUGUGCUGGGACGGGAUCUUUAUCCAAACCUGUCUGAAGAGAGAUCUCGGUGGGAAAAGGAGCUGGCUGGUCUGAGGGAAGAAAAUGAGAGCCUCACUGCUAUGCUGUGCAGCAAAGAGGAGGAGCUGAACAGAACCAAGGCCACCAUGAACGCUAUCCGGGAAGAAAGGGACAGAUUGCGCAGAAGGGUUCGGGAACUGCAAACACGUUUACAGAGCAUCCAGGCAACAGGCCCAUCCAGUCCAGGUCGUCUCACUUCUGCAAACCGACCCGUGAACCCCAGUACUGGAGAACUGAGCACCAGCAGUAGCAGCAAUGACAUUCCCAUUGCCAAGAUUGCUGAACGAGUGAAGCUCUCAAAGACAAGGUCAGAGUCUUCAUCGUCUGACCGACCUGUCCUAGGAUCAGAAAUCAGCAGCAUAGGGGUGUCUAGCAGUGUGGCUGAGCACUUGGCCCAUUCUCUCCAAGACUGCUCCAACAUCCAGGAAAUCUUUCAGACGCUCUAUUCACAUGGAUCUGCUAUCUCUGAAAGCAAAAUCCGAGAGUUUGAAGUGGAAACAGAGAGGUUAAAUAGCCGUAUUGAGCACUUAAAAUCCCAGAAUGACUUGUUGACAAUAACGCUGGAGGAGUGCAAGAGCAAUGCUGAGAGGAUGAGCAUGCUGGUUGGGAAAUAUGAGUCCAAUGCCACGGCACUCAGACUUGCACUGCAGUACAGUGAACAGUGCAUAGAAGCAUAUGAGCUGCUGCUGGCUUUGGCAGAAAGUGAACAGAGUCUCAUUCUUGGUCAAUUUAGAGCUGCAGGCGUUGGUUCUGUUGGGGACCAAACAGGUGAUGAGAACAUUACCCAGAUGCUCAAGAGAGCUCACGACUGCAGGAAGACAGCUGAGAAUGCAGCAAAAGCCCUGCUGAUGAAAUUAGAUGGCAGCUGCGGGGGAGCCUAUGCGAUCACUGGCUGUAGCGUACAGCCCUGGGAGAGCCUGUCAUCCAACAGCCACACCAGCACUACCAGCUCAACUGCAAGUAGCUGUGAUACGGAGUUCACAAAGGAGGAUGAGCAGAGGUUGAAGGAUUACAUCCAGCAGCUGAAGAAUGACAGGGCAGCAGUCAAGCUGACCAUGUUGGAGCUGGAGAGCAUCCAUAUUGAUCCCCUUAGUUAUGAUGUCAAACCUCGUGGAGACAGCCAGAGGCUAGAUCUGGAAAAUGCAGUAUUGAUGCAGGAACUCAUGGCAAUGAAGGAGGAGAUGGCAGAGCUUAAGGCACAACUGUACCUGCUAGAGAAAGAGAAGAAAGCACUGGAGUUGAAACUCAGCACUCGAGAGGCCCAAGAACAGGCCUACCUAGUUCACAUUGAGCACCUAAAGUCUGAAGUAGAAGAGCAAAAAGAACAGAAAAUGAGAUCCCUCAGCUCCACCAGUAGUGGCAGCAAAGACAAAUUGGGCAAGGAAUGCACAGAUGGGACCACAACACCAUUAACCCUCGCUGAGCUGAGACCAUACAACGACAGUGAACUGGCUGCAGAACUAACAAAUGCACUCAGACGAGAGAAGAAACUGAAAGGGAGAGUGCAAGAGUUAGUGAGUGCCUUAGAGAGACUCACGAAGAGCAGUGAAAUCAGACAUCAGCAGUCUGCAGAGUUUGUUAAUGACCUGAAAAGGGCAAACAGUAACCUUGUGGCAGCUUAUGAAAAAGCAAAGAAGAAGCAUCAAAACAAACUGAAGAAACUGGAGUCACAAAUGAUGGCCAUGGUUGAGAGGCAUGAGACUCAAGUGAGGAUGCUCAAACAAAGAAUAGCAUUGCUGGAGGAGGAGAACUCAAGACCUCACACCAAUGAAACUUCGCUUUAAAAUUAUAUAU